CACUGUUAACGAGCUCAUCAAGGAAACCUUUAUUGCAUUGGUGGAGAUUAAUGUGUAACUGUUCUUUCAAUAUAAGCACUAUUAUUAAAUGAUGAAGGCCUUGUAUGGAAUCUGUUUUAUUUCUUUUUACCUAUUGGUAUUCGACACUGAUCAAUGUAGUGGACAAUUUGGAAAUGAAAAUUUUCCUCCUACGUUCGAAGACAACAAACGUAUUUUACCAAUACCAAUAGCUCGACGGGUUCGAGUUCCAUUCAAUUAUGGCGGACUAAGUCGUUUUGUGGUAUUAUCUCCAGCUAGAACUCCCAUGGUUGCAUCUCAAAUGUCACUUGGAAUGCCAAUGGUUGAAUCUCAAAUGUCAUCAGGAAUGCCAAUGGUUGCAUCUCAAAUGUCACCAGGAAUGCCAAUGGUUGCAUCUCAAAUGUCACCAGGAAUGCCAAUGGUUGCAUCUCAAAUGUCACCAGGAAUGCCAUUAAUGAUGACCCUAAUGACGGUGCAGAUGAUUCUGAUGAUUGUGAUGAUGAUAAAGGAAAUAAAAUCAUCAUAAAUACCAGGAUUUAAAUUUUGUACUUACCCUAGACGCGCGUUUCGUCUAAAAAAGACUCAUCAGUGACGGUCGAAUCCAAAAAAGUUACAAAGGCCAAAUAAAGUACGAAGUUGAAGAGCAAUGAGGACCAAAAUUCCUAAAAGUUUUGCCAAAUACAGCUAAGGUAAUCUAUUCCUGAGGUAGAAAAGCCUUAGUAUUUCAAAUAAUUUGUUAACUUACAAGUAUUACCAUAUUACCAUAUCAAUAAUAAUUCCUGUCAACACAGAAGUGCUGACUACUAGGCUGGUGAUACCCUCCGGUCUACAACUACCAAAGGAGAAACUACUACAGAAUAACCUAAACAGACAUGAGAACCUCUAUUAAUUUACAAUUGAGUUACCAAGUCAUUGGACUAUCAAACGUUAAAACAAUUUAAAUGUUCUUUUAUUGGCUGCCUUCAG